CUUCGUCGACAUGCAACCCUCAACUCCCAAAAAAUCUUCUUUCCAAAAACCCAAGAUAACAUUAAUUAAUAAUAUUAAUAAUUAGGUUUUCUCAAUCCCCAAAUUUCUAAAUAUAUUUACCGACACUGUUUGUUUCACAAGUAGCAUAAAUCUAAACAAAACUCUCAAAGAUUUCUUCAGGAUUUCUCAUUCUCAUAUAUUCAUUCGCUGAUCGUUUUCUUCAUUCCGUUUCUGUUGUUAAAUGCAGUCAUCCGGAACGAUAGAAAUGCAUAGGUUUACACAUCUUUUUCUCUAUUUCCAUUGCUGAGGAAGAAUGUCUGUGAGGAAACAAAGACCGGAUGCAGAUCAUUUAUCAGGAGCUUCUCUUUCUGACCUCUUAAAUUUAGAUGAUGAAGAAAACUAUAGUGAUGAGUUAGAUGAUGAAGAGACACCAUCUGCAGGUGCAAAACGGAAGCUUGCAAACUUUUUAUCUGUAUCUGGUAAUGAUUUAUGUGCAGAUUGUGGAUCACCUGAUCCAAAAUGGGUAUCUGCAAAUCUUGGAGUAUUUGUUUGCAUCAAGUGUUCUGGAGUACAUAGAAGCCUUGGAGUGCACAUAUCAAAGAUAUUAUCAGUGAAUCUGGAUGAAUGGACAGAGGAAGAUGUUGAUAAUGUGAUACAACUUGGUGGAAAUACCGCGAUAAAUUUGAAAUAUGAGGACAGCAUUCCAAACAACUUUAGGAAACCGCUACCGGAUGCUUCCAUAGACGAGCGUACAGAUUUUAUCAAGAGAAAGUAUGUAAUGCAACAAUUUUCAAACCCUGACGAGCACCUGUCUUGCCCCUUCACUCCAGCAGCCAUCAACUGCAGUUCAACAGGAGUGAAUCCUGUAGUGGAAAAGAAAUAUUUAAACAGUAUGCGUUUACAUAAUUUUGGUCAAGCAUUUCUCAACACCAGAAAAAGAAAAGAUGCCGAAAAGAAAAGUAAUUCAAUGGCAGGUAUGGUGGAAUUUGUUGGUAUGAUAAAAGUCAAUGUGGUCAGCGGCACAAACCUUGUUAUCAGAGAUGUGAGGAGUAGUGAUCCUUAUGUUAUGAUCUCAUUAGGAACCCAAUCAAUGAAGACACGAGUUAUAAGGAGCAGCCUCAAUCCCGUCUGGAAUGAAAAGUUAAUGUUAUCGAUUCCUCACGAUGUUCCACCUUUGAAAGUGUUAUGCAGAACGUUUUUGACAAGGAUAAGUUUUCAACGGAUGAUUUUAUGGGUGAGGCUGAGAUUGAUAUCCGACCCUUGGUUUCUGUUGCCAAAGCGUUAGAGAACAAUGGUAAUGCCAACGGGCCAUCAAAGCAACUUGAAAACAUGGAUGAAGGAAAAGACAAAAAUACCCAUGUCAAUAACGGUACCAUCACAGUGACAGACGGGAAGGCAAAGCAAGACAUUGCGCUAAAGCUGCAAAACGUUGAGAGCGGUGAACUGCAGAUAGAGAUUGAAUGUGUGGCUCUAACCCAAUAGCAUGGAAGCAGUUUAUGAUAUGCAGUUGUUACUGUGAAGGGAGUGGCUGUUGAGUGUGAUUAUUGUUUCUUGUGUGUUAAAUCUACAUGUGCAUGUAAGACUUUUCCGGCCAUUUUUAUGAACUGUGUAAACCGAUUUGUGUCAAUUAUAUGAGAAACUUAUAAAAAAAGGUCAAA